AGUCAUGCUUGUUGCGAGCGUAAAGCCAUCAUCGUGCUGAGACGGAUAUCAAUUGCUUGAUGGAGGUACACUUUGUCUUUAUGCGUUUUACAAACCCCGCCCGUCUCAAAGACAUAGCAGCGCAUGUACCAUUCCUAAUGGGUGAAAAGUGGUCCGACAAUAUUCGCCUAAUGAGUGUCUGAAAUAGUCGAUUGUUUGAUGUCCGAGGAUAGUGGACGAGUGCAAAAGGGAAUACCUAGCGGUCGGUGCUGACGAUUUGUAAAAGGUUUGAUUAUGGGAGCAAAAACGUGUAUAUGAGUGUGCUAAUAGAGAGACCCUUUAGCGCGAAGGAACCCGCCCGCGGGCAAUGAGGGUCGAAGUGCUCCAAAAUAAUGACCCGCCCGGUGGUCUGUUACAUGAUCAUCCGCUCUUACGAUCUGGCAAUGUGCGAGCAGCUCCACAUUUGCCAAAAACUUCCAACCGCACGGGAGAGAGAGUACCGGUGCGGAUGGUUUGCAACGCUCACAAUAGCGCGGUGGCCGCGCUUAGAAGCGCGGCGUAUCGCCCCGGCCAACCCAAACCCGUGUGGCUGCUGUGGCUUAUUACAUCGGCAUGCUCGCAUCGAGGAGCGCCCCAUGUUUGGGCAGUUGGCCAGGGGGUUGGCUUUUUUUUCCCACCCUACGAUGGCGCUUGCAAGCCGCCAUGGACUACCCCUUACCAGUGGAUGAGAUGCAUAUGCCGCACUGGGGUAGUAGAGAAGCACAGUUUGUGUACGUGUGCGCGUGUGUUUCGGUACAUUUUUUUUUGUCGGCUCGUACUUGUAUGUGAGGUGAGUUACUUCUGUUGUAUUACUUCUCCCGCCAAGAAGAGGACGAAGAAGAUGUUACCGUAAUCAAACAUACCUUUCGCCCAGUUUUGCCUUCGAACCGGAGGCCCCUUUACUCCCGGAGACCCGCACACGUGCUGCACUAAACUGGCAGCAGAAGUAUGAACAUUUCCAAACCCCAAAAACAGUACCUGUGUCGGGUGGGAGCGGAUUGAUUAUCUACCGUGAUGCUAUCACCCCAUUAUCGUCGUAUCUCACCGACAAAACAUGCAUGAGGGUCUGCUGGUAUGGUUGUGGAAAGGUAGGAGUAGACUCCGAGGAAGACGACCAGAUACUUAAAAGCCGGCGUUUUCGUAACGGAACGGUUCAGUCUCGAUCGGUACGGCCGGGUGGGUAGAGUGUGCUUUGUGCUCUACAAGAUCCACCUGCAGCAUAAUGGGUGGCCUGACGGGUUGGUUGCAUUCGGUGGCAUUAGUGAUCGCGGUUCUGGGAGCGUUUGCUGAUGCUCGAGUUCUUGGUAGCAGUCGUCGAUAUCGGGACUAUGAUUUUGACUUUUCGCAUCUGGGCGAAGCGUUGUACGGGAGCCAUGAUACGGCAGCGAUCGGAGAGCUGGUCCGUGCGUGGUCCCGCUCGCACAAUACGACCAGUGUCAAUCCGGAGGAGCUGGGAACUUACGCGGAAGGUGACAUCCAUCAGCCGCUGAUUGAACGGAACGCGCUUAAGUUCACCAGCAGCAAAUGGAAGAAGGGCGUAGUGCCAUACGAGUUGAGUGACGAGUUUUCAAUCGCCGAUCUGGCCAAGCUGUUUUCGGCGUUUGAGCAGUUUCAUCAGAAAACCUGCAUCCGGUUUGUGCCGCGCAGCAAGGAACGUGACUACGUAGUAAUCGAGGGUCGUAGCUCUGGAUGCUGGUCCGCAGUAGGACGGAUGGGCGGUCGGCAAGUAUUGAACCUGCAGCGCAACGGAUGCCUUCAGAUGGAGGGUACGAUCGUGCAUGAGCUGAUGCAUGCACUCGGUUUUUUGCACGAGCAUACGCGCCACGAUCGGGAUCGGUACGUGAACAUCUUCUUCCGAAAUGUGCGCCCGAAUCUGGUCAGCAACUUUGGGCGUGAGAGUGAAUCGCAAACGACCACGCUCGGUAUGCCGUACGAUUAUGGCAGCGUUAUGCACUACUCCAGAACGGCGUUCAGCAAAAACGGCAAACCGACGGUGGAGCCGAAGAUCAAGUACAGCGGGCAGCUUGGACAGCGCGUCGGCUUUUCGGUGAAGGAUGUACAGAAAAUCAAUAAGCUCUACUGUCAUCGGUGAGCGGUAGGGGAUCCGCAGCCACCGACAGGCCCCGAUUGCACAACCCGGCGCGAACGAGCUGGUGCAACCGGGCCAGGUCUUACCUAAGAAUGAACGAACCAAAAAGAUGCUUACGUCUCUGGAAGCCUUCUGACACCGUAGCCAUGGUUAAGAAGCACGUGUACAUGUGGGCUAGUGUUAGUUUUGUUAGUGAUAGCUUUACCGAACCGUACUGAAAAGAAAACAUAAGCUGAAACGAAAACUGGAACAGAUUGAACCGUGCAACGAAAGAAAUCGAUUUCCGAUGAAAAACUCCGUUGAACGUGAAACACGCGUUUGCAUACUUUUAGGCGUUUAUUGUAAAUUACGUUAUGAGUACAGGGUUUUCAGCGGAGUUGCUUUGUGAUUGCUGUAUUUAUACUGGAAGUUGGAUUCGAAGUGGAACAUGAAGGAAAACACACAGUAUUGGUGGUUGUAAAUGCAAAAGUGAUUUGCUACUACCUUUUAUAGUGCUAAGAAAUUGCUUAUUGACACAUACAAUUGAAAAUAGUCU